CAAUUAGGCCCUCUUGAUAAGGACAUGCUCACAUACACCCGUUCUGACUCAAACUAUGUUUCCAGUUUCCUUUUGAAGGCUGUUUUUCAGGCUUGGCUUCUCUUUCGCCCUCUCGUUGUGGUCAGACCCAUUUCUAAAAUCGGACACAUCAAUCUGUUCUUCAUUCCUUUAUCAAACUGAUGACAACGUUAAAAAAAAAAAAAGCCUAAAUUUACUCGCAAGUGUAACUCGUCUAAGAAGAGACGAAUUUAAGAGAACUACGUCUGUAUUUUAGCAAGCGUGGCCUCAACAGCGUGCGCCGUUCGUACAGAUGCGCGCUUUGUGGAAGCGGAGCUCACCGAGCGGCUCGCGGAGCGCAGCCCGCUGCUGGCACCCGGCUGCCACGUGCCCCGAGGGAGGGAUUUCUGCCGCCAGGGCAGCUCCCGGGCGUUGCUUUCCUCCUCGGGAUGCUCCGCCGUUUGCUCGGGGCGCUUCUGCUGCGAGGAACGCGAACCCUCCGCCUUCCGUCCGCAGAAGCGAACGCUAGCGGGGCGCGCUGCUCCACUCCGCAUCAGCGCCAUUUCUGAGCAGCGGGGCUCGGGGGGCGGCUCGGCUUCUUCCCUCCCCCCGCCUUGGGGCAGGCCGAGGGCGGCGGGGCGGGGCCGGGCCCGGCCGUUCGUCGCGCCCCGCGGUUCCUCCGCCCACCGCCGCGCUCCCCCCGCUCGGCCGGGCGGCUCUGCAAGAUGGCGGCGGCAGCCGAGCGCGGAGCGGGGCUGCCCGCCGAGCCGCCGCCUCCACCGCCGCGCGGGGUUCGGCCGCCGCCGCCGGGCCCCGAGGAGGCGGCGAGGCGGCUGGCGGUCACCCGGCGGGAGCUGAGCAACCGGCGCAAGAUCCUGCUAAGGAACCUGCCGGCCGAGAGCAGCAGCCAGGAAAUCCAUGACUUAUUUAAAGAUUAUGAAAUAAAGUAUUGUUAUGUGGACAGAAAUAAAAGAACAGCAUUUGUUACUCUGUUAAAUGGAGAGCAGGCUCAAAAUGCAAUUCAGAAGUUUCACCAGUACUCUCUUCGAGGAAAAGAAAUAUCCGUGCAACUCCAGCCAACAGAUGCUUUGCUGUGCAUUACCAAUUUGCCUAUUUCAUUUACGUUGGAAGAGUUUGAAGAACUCGUGCGUGCUUAUGGCAAUGUGGAGAGGUGUUUUUUGGUCUAUAAUGAAGUUACUGGUCAUUCCAAGGGCUAUGGCUUUGUGGAAUAUAUGAAGAAGGACUCUGCUGCAAAGGCGAGACUGGAACUUCUGGGGAAGCAGUUAGACGAGAGCACUCUCUUUGCACAGUGGAUGGAUGUGAACCAGCUGACUACUAAUCUAAUUCACUCCAAGUGCCUUUGUGUAGAUAAAUUGCAAAAGGACUUUGCUGAUUCGAAAGAACUGUUGCAGGCUUUCUCGCUACAGUAUAAACCUGUAUUCUGCCAGUUUGCUCAGGAUGAAGAUAGUUGCAUUGGUGACUUUGCAGUGAUCGAGUACGAAACUGCAGAGCAGGCUGAGAAAGUGCAGGAGGCGAUGGACGGCACGGUGAUCAAAGGGAGGAGAGUGCAGGUGUCGUACUGUGCUCCAGGAGCGCCCGGCAGAAGCACACUGGCAGCGCUUAUCGCAGCGCAGAGGAUGAUGAGGAACAAUAGGAAAGGAUUGCUUCCAGAGCCGAAUCCGGUGCAGAUCAUGAAGAGUUUUAACAAUCCAGCAAUGCUGCAAAUCCUCCUGCAGCCCCAGCUGCGUGGACACGCUGUCAAACCUGGAGUUCUGGGAGCAGCAGCAGGUUUGCCUCACCUUAUGAACACAGCAGUCAGCCCUCCUUUCCUACAGCUGAAUAAAGUCCACCAGAACUCAAUUCUGGGCAACACGAGUAACUUGCUGCUGCAGAGCCCUGCUCACCUCCCACUGCCGCAGCAGCAGCUGAUGAAGAUGGAGAACAUCCAGGCCAAUAGUAAACCAGGUUUGCUGGGAGAGCCUCCAACAAUGCUGCUGCAGACUGUGCUGGGAAUAGGGGUAAUGCCAUCAGUGAGCUCAGGCAUGGGAACCCGUGGAGAAGCUCUCAAGUCAGCAGCAGCAGCGGGGAUGGGCUUGUUGCCAUUCUUCCCAAAUCAGCACAUUGUUGGGCAAGCCAUACCAGGGCAAAAUAAUGCUCCGGAUAAAGCACUGAGUGCUGAAGGAGUCGUCUCGGGUUCGCAGCCGUAUCAUCAGGGUGUAACCAACAUCGCUGCAGGAGCCUUGCGGGCCGGCCACGCCAAGCAGCAGAAUCAACUGAACCAGCUGAAAAGCGCUGACACGAGUUUGGGGCCUCCUUCGAAAAAACAGACUUCUCUGCUAGGAGAACCGCCAAAAGAAAUCCGCCUUAGUACCAACCCCUACUUGAAUUUGGCAAGCGUGUUGCCUGGUAUCUGUCUUCCAGCAAUUGCCAGCAAAGCCUCGAGUCCACCACAGCAGAGCGGACUGCCCAACAACAUCGUGGAUGCUGCUGUGUCUCAGGGAACCGCAUCACAACAUGCAAUGGAAAAUUACUUUAAUUACGCUCAGCAGCACGGGGAGUACACACAGGUGGCUCCGGCGAGAAGCGAGAAGCGAGGCUCCUCGUACCUCAUUGCCUCCCCAGAACCUGGCCCAGUGGAGUACCUCGGCCAGCACGCUCAGGGCUCCGCAGUGCGUUACGCUGAAUCCUCGCUGAAAAAGAAGCGCGUUUACUGAGACCCCACCAGUCAGCCCUGCCUUGAGAGGCGAAGGCAAGCCUUGCGUACCUCUGCUAUUUAUUGCUGCCUUAACUUCAGACAAAUAACUUUUCUUUCUCCGUGGGUUACGAAUAUCCCAAGAGGAGCAACCCUGUGUAACAGGCAGGUUUGCCAAGUGAGCUGUAGGCGCCGAUACGCCGUUAGCCCUUUCUCAGUAGUCUGACUUGCCUUCUGGAAGGGUGGAUGGGUGUCCUUCAUCUGCCACCAAAGCAAACGGGGAGCUGGAGCCGACCCAGAGAGGUAACCAGCUCACUCUGUAGUUCCUGGCAGCGUACAGCUGAAAGCAAUAAAAACACUGAGGGGGGAACAGGGAUUCUUUCUCUAGUCCUCAGGCUGAGGAAGUUAAAGACAAAGUCUUAAUAGCAAUUCUCUUUCUUAUUUUUUUAACUCAAGAAUGUGGGUUGUUGGUUUUUUUUUUUGAUCUUGCUUAUCCCAGGAUUAAGAUUUCUGCAUUUACAACCCUUAUAUUUUUAAGAUUCCCUCUUAAUCCUGGAGUGCAGAUAUACCAAAUGUAUUCCUAGAGUCGCUGUGAUGUUUUCAAUAAAUGUUUGUUAAAAGCGCGA